UUUGACUUCCUUAUAUCACAAUUAUUAUUAUUUCAUUUACAAUGUAUGCAAGUAACAUUAAUAUAUAUGCAUGCUUUAUUUUUUUUAAAUCCCCAGGCUCCCACAACAGACAAGCCUGCUGCUCCUAAGUUAACACCAGAUAUAAAUAGUGAAGGACAAAAAUCUGUUACACAUGAUACUCCUGUAUCUGGUGCACCUCUGUUCGAUAAAACCCCACUGACAGAUGCAACUACUGACCUGGUUGCAAAGGAUAGUUCCUGUAAAGCUGCAGUCGCUGAACAUCCCCACGUGUCACGUGAAGACUGUGCUCGCAACCUGCUUAAGUUCAUUUUGUCAGGAAAACUAGAUCCGAGCAUGUCUAUCAUUAAUUUUGGAGGAUUUGGAGGGUCUGUCCUUGAUGUUGUCCAGUCGUUUGGUCCCAACAAAUGUCUUGAGAAUACUUUCAUGCAGGGAUUUAUCGACUGUAUUCACCAGGAUGAUGUAUUAUACAAUCCAGAUUCUGUAAUCAACACUCUAAUACUGAAUGUCAACGUUGGGACCGUUUUGAAUAUCGAGGAGUUUGAACAACACAGUUCAAAUCCACAGCCCUUCACAACAUCACUUCUUAAAGAACAUCUUGAACCGACCCUUCCUUCAGAUGAUGUUCUGAACCAGAUUAAAUUGUUUUAA